AUGGCAACCGACGUCGUAGAUGACCAGGAGAUGAGAGAGGCCCAGAGGGAUUACCUGGACUUUCUGGACGACGACCAAGAUCAGGGGGUGUACCAAAGCAAAGUCCGGGACAUGAUCAGCGAAAAUAAAGCUCGACUCAUCGUCAACAUCAACGACCUGAGGAGACGCAACGAGGCCCGGGCUGCAAAACUCAUGAGUAAUGCAUUUGAGGAGCUGCUGGCCUUCCAGCGGGCUCUGAAGGACCUUGUGGCCUCAGUGGAUGCCACCUACGCCAAGCAGUAUGAGGAGUUCUUCAUUGGCCUGGAGGGCAGCUUCGGUUCCAGGCAUGUCACCCCAAGAACCCUGACCUCCCGUCUGCUGGGGAGCAUGGUGUGCGUCGAGGGCAUCAUUACCAAGUGCUCUCUAGUACGUCCUAAAGUAGUGCGCAGCGUCCACUACUGCCCAGCCACCAAGAAGACGAUGGAAAGAAAGUACACUGACAUGACCUCAUUGGAUGCUUUCCCCUCCAGUGCCAUCUACCCCACUAAGGAUGAGGAGAACAACCCCCUGGAGACGGAGUUUGGCCUCUCCGUCUACAAGGACCACCAGACCAUCACGGUCCAGGAGAUGCCAGAGAAAGCCCCUGCAGGUCAGCUGCCCCGCUCUGUGGACAUCAUUCUGGACAAUGAUCUGGUAGAUGUGGUCAAACCUGGCGACAGAGUGCAGGUUGUUGGAACAUACCGAUGCCUCCCUGGCAAGAAGGGAGGGUUCACGUCCGGCACGUUCAGAACCAUCAUGAUAAGUUGUCAUGUCAAGCAGAUGAGCAAGGAAGUGUCCCCCCACUUCUCAGCUGCUGAUGUGGCCAAGAUCAGGAACUUCAGCAAGUCUCGCUCCAAGGAUGUAUUUGAUCAGCUGGCACACUCCCUGGCUCCCAGUAUCCACGGCCAUGAGUACAUAAAGAAAGCCAUCCUCUGUAUGCUGCUGGGCGGAGUAGAGAAGGUUCUGGAAAACGGAUCACGCAUCAGAGGAGACAUCAACGUCCUCCUUAUUGGUGAUCCAUCCGUAGCAAAGUCCCAGCUGCUACGCUACGUCCUGCACACAGCACCCAGGGCCAUCCCCACCACUGGGAGAGGAUCCUCUGGAGUCGGUCUGACGGCUGCAGUCACCACUGACCAGGAGACGGGCGAGCGUCGUCUGGAGGCGGGUGCCAUGGUGCUGGCUGACCGCGGCGUUGUUUGCAUUGAUGAGUUCGACAAAAUGUCUGACAUGGAUCGUACAGCCAUCCACGAAGUGAUGGAGCAGGGCCGAGUGACCAUCGCCAAGGCCGGCAUCCACGCCCGCCUCAACGCUCGCUGCUCUGUGCUCGCAGCUGCCAACCCUGUCUACGGCAGGUACGACCAGUAUAAGACUCCAAUGGAAAACAUCGGCCUUCAGGACUCCCUCCUGUCACGUUUCGACCUCCUCUUCAUCGUGCUGGAUCAGAUGGACCCUGAGCAGGACCGGGAGAUCUCUGAACAUGUGCUGAGGAUGCACCGCUAUCGUGACCCUCGUGAGCAGGAGGGAGCAGCCAUGGCUCUGGGCGGUUCAGUGGACGUUUUGGCGACAGAUGACCCGGAUGCAAUCGCAGAAGAGCACGAGGAGCUGCAGAUCUAUGAGAAGCACAACAACCUGCUGCAUGGGAGCAAGAGAAAGAAGGAAAAGAUCGUCAGCAAGGAGUUCAUGAGGAAGUACAUCCACAUCGCCAAGGCUGUGACUCCUGUGCUGACAGAGGAGGCCGCCAAACACAUCGCAGAGGAAUACUCCAGGCUGAGGAGCCAGGAGCAGAUGGGUGCUGAUCUUGCCAGGACAUCUCCAGUGACGGCCCGUACACUAGAGACCAUGAUCCGUCUGUCCACCGCACACGCCAAAGCCCGAAUGAGCAAAGCCGUGGAGCUGGAGGACUCCGAGGUCGCCGUGGAGCUGGUUCAGUUUGCCUACUUCAAAAAGGUUUUGGAGAAAGAGAAGAAACGUUCCAGAAAGGAGCGGGACUCUGGUUCAGAGGAGGAGGAGGAGGAAGAGGAGUCCACUCAGAGCUCACAGAAAACUGCAAAGAAGAGGGGGCGACAAGGCUCUCAGGGCAGUGAGGCCUACAGUCCCUAUGACUUCAGGGAGGAUCAGGACGUCCCAGAGAUUCAAGCCGGCACCCCGAAACCUGCCAAGGUACCGAGGGAGGAAGAAGAGGCCAUGGAUGCCACAUCACAGGCUGAUGCUGCUGAGCUCCCUGCUGAGAGGAUGAAGGAGUUCAAGUCUUCCCUGUUCGCAGUCUUCCAGGCUGUCCAUGCUCAGUCAGUGAAGAUGCAGACUCUGAUGGACAACAUCAACAAGGAGCUUCAGAAGCCCUUCACAGAGCCCGAGGUGAAAUCAGCUUUAGCCCGCAUGCAGGACGACAACCAGGUCAUGGUGGCUGAUGACAUCAUCUUCCUCAUCUGAGGGCGGGAGCAAAGACUGCUGCUGGAGAUGAUUUCACAGACUCUGAGAGAAACACGGAUUUAUAACCCAAUGUACAUAUGUGUUUUUGUAUUCCUCUCUCCUGCUUUCAUUUCUGUACAUCAAAUGUUCCAGCAUGGAUUAUAAAGGAUUUUUGUGAACUUCUUAAUGUCGUAUGAUCUGAAGCCACAUGUUCCAUCAACUAGUAAGAAUUCUUCAUCAUUAAUGUGCUUCUUUUUGUUCAAUGGUUAUGAUGUUGGUAUAAAAUGGCAUUCAUGCUUCAACAGUGUUAUUCAUGAACAUCUUAGACCACAUAAGAAGGGAACAAGGGUUUCGCAGGGUGUCGGUAGUCCACAUUUUUCUACAGGAAACCCAUACAAAGGACUUUCUUCAGUAGUCUGUCAGCACUUGUGUUGUCUGAAUUUGUAAAUAUCUAAAGAGGAGUAUUUGAAAAUGUUAAACGAAUGUAGUUAAAAAAAAAAUGUAUUAAACAUCCCUUUGAAAACAC